CCAAAAACCCCUCAAAAACCCCCCACCUGAAAAACAUGGACCAUAUUGCAGCGGCGGAGGAGCAGGUGGUUUCCGACCGACUCAGGCGCAAGCUCGGCGAAGUCAACGCCGCCGCCCAAGCCCAUCUCUCCGGUAUCCAGGAUCAUGUCAAUUUCACCCUUCAGCAAGCGUACUUCAAAUGUGCGUACGAGUGCUUCGACAGAAGGAGGAGACAGGAAGAGAUUAGCAGCUGUGUGGAAAAUUGCAGCGUUCCGGUUGUCGGUGCUCAGCAACGAGUCGAGAACGAGAUGGGCAAGUUUCAAGAAAGGCUGAAUAGGUCCUUAAUGGUGUGCCAAGAUAAGUUUGAGGCAGCCAAGCUCCAACAGAUUAGGACUGACGCCAUGAAAGAUUUGGAGGCUUGUGUCGAGCGAUCGAUUGAUGACAGCAUCAACACACUGCCACAUUUAGUGACGAGACUGAAGUCUUCGCUUGCCAUAACUGACUGAAUUGAAGUAAUCUUAUAAAACGGUGGACGUUUUUCUUCCUUCGAUACCGCUGUUUGAUGAGUUGACCACAUGAUGUUCUUUAAGGUCUGAAGAGAUUAAAGAAUCAGACCUGCAAUUUUUCCCCCCAUUUUCUGUAAACUUGAGAUGUUUUGACUUUUCGUUGUUUAAAAGAGGAGGAAA